AUGAUAAAAAAUAUGAAUAAUUUAAAUAAUAUUACUCCUAAUAAUCAGAAGAGAUUUAAUGAAUUAAAUCAAGAUUUUGAAGUUAUAGAAAGUUCACCUUUAAAGAGAAUCAACAAUUUAAAACAUAGACAGCAAGAACAUAGACAUAAUGGAUUAUUAUUUUCUUCGCCAAAUAUCGAGAUAAAUAAACAACGCACUUUAAAGGAUAGUACUACUACCGAGUCAAAUUUAGACAAACAAUAUCAAAAUAUGAAAAUUAAAUUUAAUCUUACCGGUUUUUUUUAUAUUUUGGAUGGUGAAAAUAACACACAUAAAUUUAGAAAUAGUCUUUUAAAUUUUAAACAGAUUAAAUCUGAAGAUUUUAAAAUUAAAAUCAGAUCAGAAGAUAAUAAUAUAAAAAUUACAUUUGAUGAUUUGUUAAAACAAUCUGAAAAAAUUAUUUUUGAUAUGAAUACAACUACAAUGGGUAUAAUUUUAAAGGAAAAGAUUAAUUUAAAUGAAAAACUUAAUUCAAGAUUAAUUCUAUGGAUGAAUAGUGACAUUUCAGGACUAGAUAAAAAAUUAAAUAAAAUUAAAACAUUAAUUUUAAAAUCAAUAGAGUUAUCGGGUUAUGAAACAAAAAUUAAUUUAAAUAUAACAGGUACAAAAUAUGAGAUUGAAAAAUUAUUGAAAUUACAAGCAUUAGAGGAUUAUAAAAUUUUAGAAUUAGAUAAAAUUAAAAAUUUGGAUACUUUGACAUCAAUGGAUAAUAGUAAUAAUUUAAAGAAAAGGCAUAUCUAUAGUUUUACGUCAACUGCACCAACUAUGGUAGAUAAAAAUAGGAUUGAAAAUUCACCAGAACCAAAUAUGAUUAAUACUCCAAUCACAAAUAAAAAUAAUGAUAAUUCUAUCUUCAAUAACACUAGUCCCAUAAUAGAGAAAAAAAAAGGGAUAGCUCCAUUUAAAUUUUUAUGGAACUCCCAAAAAAAUUCUUUAAGUUCAUAUUCAUAUUCAAAUCUAAGAGAUAGUUCCCCUAAUAUACCCAACGAAAUCUUAAAGGAAACCAUCGACAAUACAGUCACAAAUUAUGAACAGAAAAUUGCAUUACCAAAUGAAAUGACAAAAGAAGAUAUAUAUGACAUUUGUGAAGUUCCAGCUAUUUUUAAACCGAAUUUAGUCUAUAAAUUUAAUGAUGGUACAACUUUUACAAUAACAAAUCAAGAUUUUAAAUGCCUUUAUAAUAAUGAUUGGGCUAAUGAUAUGAUACUAGAUUUUUUCAUAAAAUAUUUUAUUGAAGAAUCUAUAACUAAAAAUAUAAUUAAUGAAAAUGAUGUAUCUAUAAUGUCGUCAUUUUUUUACUUAAAAUUGAUUAGUGAUCCUACAAAUUAUUACAAGAAUGUUAAAAAAUGGGUUAAUAAUUCAAAUUUAUUUAAUAAGAAGUUUAUUGUGAUACCUUUAAAUAUUUCAUAUCAUUGGUUAGGUUGUAUCAUUAUAAAUUUCGAUAAAGUUUACAAUUUCUUCCAAAAUAAUAUCAAUGAAUUAGAUCAAAAUAUACUAACUAUUGCUGAUAUUCCAAAGAUUAACAUUUUAACUUUUGAUUCACUAAGUCAAGCAGAUGCAAAAAAUAUCGUUCCAAUAAAACAAUUUAUUUUAAAUUACUUGGAGGAUAAAUGUAAUUUAAGUUUACCAGAUGAAGUGGUUGAAAUUAAAAAAUGCUUAGUUCCUCAACAGUCAAAUUUCAGCGAUUGUGGGUUUCAUGUGAUCUCAAAUAUUCGAACAUUUUUUGAAGAUCCAGGAGAGACAAUAAAGAUAUGGAACAUGACAGAUCCAGGUGAAUAUAAGAAUUGUCCUGAGAAAAUAAAUGAUUUUUUUGGAUUUAAUAAACAUAGAAAUGAAAGAGAAAAUUAUAGAGCUAUACUUUUACAUUUACAAAGAAACCAAGUAAAACGAAAAUUGCUUGAAGAUGCUUUUCAAGAGAAGGAAAGUCAAAACACUGAGGAUGAUGAGGAUUUUGAAAUAGUCUCCAACUGUGACAUAAAACAUAAAAAUUCAAAUAGUUUGUCACAAGACGAAGAAGUUGUUAGGAAUGAAGAAGAAGAUAGAAUCGAUGAUAAUUACAAUAUCGAUAACAAUGAUAAUAAUACAGUAACACAUAAUUUAUUACCGAAUAACGAUGAUAUUGCUUCUGACCAAAAGCAACCUCUUACAUAUGGAGAUGAAGGGCGUGAUUCAAUAAAUGAAGUACUGAAAACUAACGAAGUUACUUCACGGAAUAUUUUAGAGACUUCACCACCCAUUCCUGAUAACGAGCUGCCAUAUACAGGUACAACUUCAAAGUAUUUCGGUGAGUCUAGGUUAAAAUCAAGACAAAGUCAUAUAGACAUAAUUUCCAGUGCGCCGACUGAGGGUCCAAAUGAAGGUGGUAAUUAUUACCCUAGAGAAAGUCAAGCAAUAGAUGAGCCAGUCUCAGAUAAAUUUAUGGUUAAUCAAUCUUCGGCAAACUCCAGCGUAUUUUUUAACGGAAGGAGAACCAUGUCAGAUGAUGAUCUUAACAAUGCCGAUAAUAACGCAUUAAAUAAUCAACCCAAAUUGUCUGAUAAUGUGGAAGGGAAUAUUACUAUAAUAGAAAGUGACAUCUCAGAUGCAGAAGGCUUGCCAGUAAGUGAGAUGAAUACUUCAUCUAUACCCUUUAAAUCAGAGCAUGUAAACAUUUUAUUAACGAAGAGGCAUGAUACAAACCAUUAUGAAAACAUAAGAAAUACAUUAAAUUCAGAAUAUGAAGAACAAGAUGAUGACGAAGAGGAUAACUCAAACGACAUAGAGGUUAUUAGCUUGUAA